UUUGACGAGUUAAUUUAUCUUGAAGGUGUUUAUCCACUAGCUCUUGUUGCCGUGGUGUAGGUACCGCAAAUGAUAGGCCAGCUAAAGUUGAGAGUAAUAAAGAGCGUAGAAGCAUUGUUUUCUUGAGACCUGCUCUGUAUAUUUAAAAUUAAAAGAUUAGAAUUUACUUGAUGAUUAUUUAUCAAGAAAACAUCGAAUCUAGUUUAAUUUGUUUUUAUACCUUCCGUAUUUAGAAGGUAAUGUGAAAAUUUUUUGACUCAAUUUUAAUACGCGGAUGCGGAGUUUACUAAAGUCGUCAACGGAUUUUAUCAGAAAGUGAAACCUUAUGUGGAGAACACUAAUUGGGUGACGAUAGCCUUACAUUGAUGAACUUGCGUCAGAACCUUCAACCAACCAACCAACCAACCAGAUAAUACGUGGAACAUAGCACAAUGUCAGAAGCAUUUCCUUCAACUAAAACAAUCCAAGAAGAUGGAUUGGAAGCUAGCUUGGAAAUAUAUCAAGAUAGACUAAUGGUUAUAAUCACGGAAAUCGGCAGAGUUAGCUCGUUGAUACAGGUUGAUAUUUCAGAUAAGGAAGAGAGUAACGAACUAAUAGAGAAUAUCUACUACGAACCAUCAAUACACAGCAACUUGCUCAAUCUACUGGGACAGUAUAGCAAUCAGGAGCAGCUGGUAUCUAAUACUAUAGCUACCUUGUUUUUGAAAGGGAGUAAAGUAUCACCAUCUCUACCGUUCACAAGCUGCGUCGUUGGAUUGGGAUUGAAUGUAAAGGAAGAGAUGACAAGAGAGAGGUUAAUAAAGAUACUGGCAUUGUGUACGAAAUUAAUGUAAUUUUAUUUAUUUAUGAAAUAGCGAGAAAUGUCCCUAACUGCCC